AUGGCGGCGCGGGGGCGGGCGGCACCGCCCCGCUGGGAGGGUCCCGGCUCCCGCCCCCCGAAGCGGUAUAGGCCACGGCUGUCGGGGAGCUGCUCGGCAGAGGCCCGGCGCAGAGAAGCCAUCAAGUCCAAGCAAACUGGACAGGCUUUGAAGGUUGUGGAUGCAUCCUGGUAUUUGCCAAAGAUGAAACGUGACCCGAAACAGGAGUUUGAGGAGCGCCAUAUCCCCGGUGCAGUUUUCUUUGACAUUGACCAGUGCAGUGAUCGUACUUCACCUUACGAUCACAUGAUGCCCAAGGCUGAUGAGUUUGCUGAGUAUGUGGGGAAGCUGGGUGUGGGGAAUGAUUCCCAUGUUGUGGUGUAUGAUGGCAGCGACCAAGGACUCUUCUCAGCACCACGGGUGUGGUGGAUGUUCCGCGUCUUUGGACAUGAAGCAGUUUCCCUUCUAGAUGGUGGCCUGAAGAACUGGCUGCGAGAGGGAUUUCCACUGAGCUCUGGGAAAACCCAGGUAGCUCCAGCUGAUUUCCAUGCCACUUUAGACAAGUGCAUGGUGAAAACUUAUGAGGACAUCUUAGAUAACUUGGAUUCCCAUCGUUUCCAAGUCGUGGAUGCGCGUGUUGAAGGACGGUUCCGGGGAAUAGAGCCAGAACCCCGAGAUGGAAUUGAGCCUGGUCAUAUCCCUGGCUCCCUGAACAUUCCCUUCACAAGUUUCCUCACGGAGUCUGGAUUAGAGAAGACCCCAGAGCAGAUCAGAAGUCUGUUCCAAGAGAAGAAAGUGGACCUCUCGAAGCCUCUGGUGGCUACAUGUGGCUCUGGAGUCACUGCCUGCCAUGUGGCUCUGGGGGCAUACCUCUGUGGCAAGCCAGAUGUUGCUGUGUACGAUGGGGCCUGGGAGCAUAAAGAUGACCUGACCAGCCUGCUCUGGGUGACCAUGCAUGAGCAGUUUCACAUGGAGAGAGCACUGAUGGCAGUGUGGGAAUGCUACUGUGUCAAGCCAAGCUUAUGA